AUGGAGCCCGAAAAUAUUAAAGCUAUUUUGAGCACUGAUUUCAACAGCUAUGAGAAAGGGCCUUUAUUUCAGCAGAAGAUGGACAGUGUUCUCGGAAAGGGCGUCUUCAAUGCUGAUGGUGAUAUGUGGAAGUUCCACCGUGGAAUAUCUCGACCGUACUUUUCUCGCGACCGCAUCUCCCACUUUGAUAAUUUCGCUCGCCAUUCUGACAUCGCCAUAUCGAAGAUUCUUUCCAGGCUCAACGAGUCUGCUCGACCCGGUUUGCCCGUCGCGGUCGAUUUUCAAGACGUCGUUGCUCGAUUUACACUCGACUCUGGAACCGAGUUCUUAUUUGGACAAGACGUUCGUUCCUUGGCCGCGCGUCUGCCUUAUCCUCAGGAGAAACCUCAGGACGAUAGCGCAUCGUUUGCGGUGGCGUUUGGACGUGCCCAAGAUCUCUUGGCUGAUCGCUUUUCAUGGGCACAUUUAUGGCCAUGGCUGGAGCUUUUCUGGAAUCGUACAGAACAAGAAAUGGAGGUCAUUGAUGCAUACGUGACCCCGAUCUUGAAGAGGAAAUUGGAAGAAAAACACGACCUUGGCUUGCACGCUAAGUCCAAGACUGUGAUGGAUGGUAACCAAUUGGAAGAGGCAGGCGAUACUUUGCUGGAUCAUUUGGUCCAGUUAACCGAUGAUAUUUCUGUUAUCAAAGACGAGCUCAUUAAUAUCCUGGUAGCUGCUCGUGAUACUACCGCUGCAACCUUGACAUUCGCCGUUUACAUGCUGGCGGAACGACCCCAAAUCAUGGCUAAACUCCGUGAGGAGAUCUUGAGUCGUUUAGGAACAUCCAAUUAUCCUACCCCCGAGGACUUCAAGGAGAUGAAGUAUCUCAGGGCUGUACUAAACGAGACUCUUAGAUUGUUCCCAGCUGUACCAAUGAAUGAACGUACUGCCGUCAAGUCCACGGUUUUGCAUUCUGGCGGAAAGAAGUACUAUGUUCCAGCUGGAGCUAAUAUGCCAUAUUCUGUAAUACAUAUGCAUCGACGCAAAGAUCUCUGGGGUCCUGACGCCGAGGACUUUGACCCCGAACGGUGGCUGGAUGAACGACUGAAAAAAUACGUGACCCCAAACCCGUUCAUUUUCCUGCCCUUCAAUGCUGGUCCCCGAAUUUGUCUUGGCCAACAAUUUGCAUACAAUGAAGCAUCGUACUUCCUUUCUCGCCUUCUGCAGCGUGUAGAGUCGAUUGAGCUUGUUCCCGAGGCCUUUCCAGAUGGUACUUUGCCACCGCCUGAGUGGAAGAACGGAGAGGGACGCGGGGUCUAUGAGAAGGUGUGGCCAAAGAGUCAUCUAACAAUCUACUGCAACGGUGGAUUGUGGGUCAAGAUGAAAGAAGUCGCCCAAGUUACAGAAUAA